AUGUCCAACGAAGAAACUGUGGAAGUUGAUGCCAUUGACCUUGAGGACAUGCUCAAAUGUAACCUCCCAACAUCUCGAGUUAAGAAAAUAUGUCGUUUGGACCCCGAUCUGGGUAUGAUAGCAAGCGAUGCUCUCCUGUUUGUGACAAAAGCUACGGAGCUCUUCGUUACGGAGCUUGCCAAAGCUUCAUAUACUCAGGCAGUACUCGAAAAGAGAAAAACAAUUCAAACGAAGGACAUAGACAAAGCGAUUGCUACAAAACAAAUGUUUGAAUUUCUCGAUGAUGCCCUCACUGACUGGCCAGAAACAGAAUCUUCUCGAACAAAAUCGCAGAGCGCUGUUGUUCAAGAAAGCAUUGCAGAGGAGGAUGACGGCAUCGAAGAGGAUGUUGGCGAAAACGAGGAAGAAGAGUCUGCGGUGGUCGAAGAAACAGAAGAUGCUGAACUCGCCCUGUCCGAAUCAAUGGUCGAUAGCGUUGCUGAUACACCCCAGAUGGAGACAGGAACAUAAGGCUUUACGUAUGAUCUUCUCAGCAUCCUCGACCCGAUUCAUCAUAAUCAACCAACGCGGAGAUUCCGG